AUGUCAGCGCGCCAACGAAAAACGGCGUGGCCGGUGAAGAAGUACUCGCCACGCCACGCGACCUGGCCGUACAGCGACGCCGACUUUGCGCGCCAGGACAUAGGCGUGGACUCGGACUUCUACUCGGCCCCGCGGUUCGUGGCCCACAUCGACGACGCCGCAAUCGCGUCGCUGAAGGAGUACUACGAUGUCGUUCUGCCGCGCAAGGGCCGCAUCCUCGACGUCUGCAGCUCGUGGAUCAGCCAUUACCCCUAUGCCGUCGAAAUCGCUGCCGCGAAGGGCGAGCUGAAGAUCGCGGGUGUGGGGAUGAACCGUGCCGAGCUUGCAGCGAAUAAGGUGCUGAACUCCGGCGACAUAAUCAUGGACCUCAACUACGAGCCAGACGUCUUUGAAGUACUAGUCAAGGAGCAUGUUGUCGGCGAAUCGGAGGAGGAGAUGUUGGAUGCGAGUACAAACGUCGUGUCGAUCGACUACCUGACCCGUCCUGUCGACGUACUACAGAGCCUGAGGACUGCGACGAAGGUAGGAGGAACCGUGCAUCUCGUCAUCAGUAAUCGGUGUUUCCCCACCAAGGCCGUCGACAGAUGGCUAAACAUCAACGAGGACGAGCGGUUACUCAUGGUGGGCGAUUACCUGCAUUUCGCAGGCUGGAAGGACAUCGAGAUCGUCGAGCUGAGCGAUGGAAAGCCGCCAGAAGGGCCCACGCAGGCUGGACUGGGCAACUUCUUGUCCGGGAUCAUCGGUAUGGGUGGUCGCGAUCCGUUGUGGGUUGUUCGGGCUAAUAAAGUGUAA